GGGAACGAGUGCAUCAAGGCCAAUGCCAAGUCCUGUGGGGAGUGUAUUCAAGUGGGAGCGAAAUGUGGAUGGUGCACAGACCCAGUAUGUGGAUUUGAAUUUGUCAAUAACUUUGUUACUGCAUUGUUACUGUAUUUGACUCAGCGUUAGAACUUGCAGGUGUAUGCAAUCAAGGAAAGAAGUAUGUCAUCUAAACUGUCCCUUGGAAUUACAACACUAGUGUAUAAGGCAAUUUUGUUUAUAACCUUUAUAACCUGCUUUGGAGUGUAGGAAAUAUAUUUUCAGAAAAUAAGGACCUUACAUUUUGGGUGGAUUUCCUCUGAGUGCCAUAAUGCAAUUUGUCAUGAUACUGAUUAACCUCCUCUCCUCCCUCUCCCCCAGGAGUUCCUUAAGCAGGGUGAGGCCACGUCGACCCGCUGUGACGAGCUUGAGUCCCUGAGGAAGAGAGGCUGCGGUGCCGCCAAGGUAGAGAACCCCAGAGGCAGCCAUCGGGUCCUGAAGAACAAGGCUGUGACCAACCGCAACAAGGGAGCAAAGAAACUCAGACCAGAGGAUAUCACACAGAUCCAGCCCCAGAAACUCACCCUCAGCCUCAGAUCUGGUGGGAACUUUGAUAGUUUGAUAAGGUUGCAUCCCAAAUGGCACCCUUUCCCUAUUUAGUUCUACUACUUUCCGAUCUGGUCAAAAGUAGUGCCUUAUAUUGGGAAAAGGGUGCCAUUUGGGACGCAGUCUUAGUUAAGUUUGUUUCAGCCAUAACUUCCCGUUUGACCAUUGUUGAAGGAACGUUGCUGAGGGUUGCUGUUUUCUGAUAUUUUCUUUGGUCUUUCACUGUAAUGUUGAUUAGUUACAGUAUCCUCCAUUUUCUUUGAGAGUUUAAUCUAUCAACUGUACAGCUGUUAUUAUGAUGUGGAAGGAAGGAGUGCUCCUUGUACUCUUCUGUGCCAGAGGCGUAUUUGACAUGGACAAUGCACUUUAAUCAACAUUUCAGUGUUGACAUCAAUGUAAAUGUGCCGGAGUUAGCAAAAGUGCUAAUUUUCAUCCAUAGUCCCUGGUUUAACCUUGCCUAUCUGUCUGUGUACUGUAGGUGAACCACAGUCUUUUAAUCUGAAGUUCAAACGAGCUGAGGAUUACCCCAUCGACCUCUACUACCUGAUGGACCUCUCCUACUCAAUGAAGGAUGAUUUAGAAAAUGUCAAGAACCUGGGAACACAGCUGAUGCUGGAGAUGUCAAAGAUCACAUCUGAUUUCAGAAUCGGUAAGAUUAUGAAUCCGCCCCGGAAUGAGGAUGUCCAUAUUUCUUUGAAUUUCUUCUUUACGACAACUUGAUCUCUUCUGCUUUCAGUGCUGGUUGGGUGUACUACAAUACCCAUAAUGUCAUUUGUAACAUAUCUGGUUUUAUCUUAGUAAAGAUGUUCUGAAGCUAACAAAUUGGUGUCCUGUCUCCUUACCAAUACAGUUUAUAUGUGGGCUGGAUAUCUUUUCUUAUUUUCUAGGUUUUGGUUCCUUCGUUGAGAAGACGGUGAUGCCUUACAUAAGCACCACCCCAGCCAAGCUGCUGAACCCCUGUACUGGGGACCAGAACUGCACCAGUCCCUUCAGCUAUAAGAACGUCCUGAAGCUGACCAGCAAUGGACAGGAGUUCAACACCCUGGUGGGACAACAGCAGAUCUCUGGAAACCUGGACUCACCAGAGGGAGGUUUUGAUGCCAUCAUGCAAGUGGCUGUCUGUGGUGUAAGUAUUAUGUUUUUAUUAUAGUAUAUAUGGUUCAAAUAAUAAUUUGUAUCAGGGUUUUAUAUUGACUCAGGACAAAGAGGACUAAGUAAGUAAGUAUAUUUAUAUUGACUGUGAAUUGGUCUCGUGGUACCAGACCUCAACACCCUAUUCUCAUUUGAGAAUGGCUGGAGUGGAGGCUAACUGGAGGCUAAGAGAAGGCCAUUUUAUAAAACCUCAAUGUUUGAGAGUUCAUUCACUCUAGGGUACUAAACUGCUAUUUUAAGGGGCUAACCUCUCACAUAGCUGUUCAUAGUUUUUUUACAUAUAUUUCCUGAAUCUUUCCUAUGUCUUGUAAUUUUAUUCUCUGGUAUUUCUGUAAGCUGUGUCCUUUUUCUGUAUGUUGUUUAUUUUUACAAUGAGUUUUAAUGGGCCUCUCUCUCUCUCCCUCCUCCCAGGAGCACAUUGGCUGGAGGAACGUCACCCGUCUGCUGGUGUUUUCCACUGAUGCUGGCUUCCACUUCGCUGGAGAUGGGAAACUGGGAGGGAUCGUUCUGCCCAACGAUGGGAAAUGCCACCUGGAGAACAACAUGUACACCAUGAGCCACUACUAUGUAUGUAUAAUAAUACAUAAUGUAGUGUAUUAUAAAACUGGUUGUUUGGAUCCUGGAUGCUGAUUGGUUGGUAUGCAGUCGUUGUGGGACAACAACUCCUGCAAAAUACCAUGAUGUGUUAAUGUCAUAAUUCCACUGUCCCAUAGCCCAGGCAGGAAAUUCAUUAACUUCAUCUCCCUCAGGAAAAAAGUGUCUACACAAUUUUUCCAUGCUACUAUUUGGUUUGCAACAGUUGGGGGUUGUUGUAUAAACCUAUCUGUCUGCCUCUACGACCUGUGCAACAAUGUAUCAUUUUACAAAUGCGAUCUCUCCCGUGCCAGUAGGCUAGCUAGCCCCAGAAUGAACGGGAAACGAAUAAUUCACCAUGGAAACCAUAAACAGAAGUCCAUACAUUCAUUAACCAGCACAGUGCAGCUACUAGCCUACAAACAAAACCAAAAUAUAAGGUGUCACACAAGAGUUAUUGACAGCCUAACAUGGAGAACAAAAACCGCUGGAGUGCCAUUUUAACUGCCAACAAUGUGAGAGGUAUGUCCCAUUCUCCGCCUAAGAGACAAGUACUGGCUGUCAUCAACAAGCGCCAGGAGCAUGGACAGUUCUUCCACUCAUGUGCCAUCAACGGAAACGUCACUAUUAACAUCACCAGCUUGGUUAGCUCGGACUCGCCAACCAUAAUAGUUGUUGCCUAUGUAGGCCUAUUGGAUGUUUACAGUAUUAAGCCAUUAUUUUUUGAAGUUAUUGUCUCUUAUCAUUAUUGAAUCUCUGCUAGCUAGCUACAUGCCAAUGAUUUGUUUAGCAUAGCAAUGUCGAAUGAAUAGAAUUAACGACUGUGUCAAAACAUGAGAAAAUAACUAACAACCUGCCUGCUUGGGUAGCAACUUCAGAAUGCAAAAACAAAUGUACUUGUUAAAGUAAUUGUUUAAUGAAAAAAUGUCAUUAAUAUUUUUAUAAAUAUGUUGACAACCGUUAUAUAAAAGCAAUAAUGCCCUCGAACCCUCGAACCCAGGAAUUAUGGCUUCACUCCGGGCCUCAGAACAGCCCUUGUCGGGAGUUGUCACACUAUAAUUCAUUAUUACAAUUCACAUUAUUUCUUAAAUAAUACACUGCUAUGUACUGUAUUUAUUGUGGCUUUUUCUUUGUCGUCUUCUGUGUGGUCUGUAUUUUGAAUAUGACAAGAUUUGAAGGGAAGGGCUACUUGCCCUUAGUUAUGUCAUCAAAGGGCUAACCUGGUACCUGUACUUCCUUAUUGUUGUCCUGUAACAGGACUACCCCUCCAUCGCCCACCUGGUUCAGAAAUUAAGUGACAACAACAUCCAGACAAUCUUUGCCAUCACAGAGGAGUUCCAGCCUGUUUACAAGGUCAGUCAGUUGUUCCAGUGUGUGUGUGGAAAAACAUUUAUUUCCAAGUUUCUGUGCUUCUCUGUUGGAGGUUGGAGGAAGCCCAGCCCUUUGAAGAGCAGAGAAACAUUUACCUUUGCUCUGCAGCAUCUGCUCCUUGUUACUAGUAACGUCUCUUUGGAUCUCUGGUUGUCCCAAAUGGCAACCAUUUCCCUAUAUAUUGCUCUACUUUUGUAGUGCACUAUAUAAGGAAUAGGGUGCCAUUUGGGACACAAGCCUCUGAAUGUUCCCUUCUGCCCUCUACUGCUUUUCAAGCCAAUUAGAUGUCUGCCUGGAGUUCGAUAAUAUUCCUUUAUCAUAUCCACAUCAGUCCAAUGCUUGGACAAUGUUUGUCAACCUCGGGAGAAGGUCUUUGUUUAUUUGAUUCCACUGUUAGAAUGUCACAACACUGUAAAUAGUUUAACCUUUAGAUUCAGACCUUACCACUAUGUGUUUGCAGACCACAAUCAAACUACUCACCAAUCUAAAUGGGUCAGGCAAAACAAAACAGUUUUGCUCUGAACAACUUUUCUGGUGCCGUGAUUAUUUAGAGAUCUACAGGAUUCAUAUUGACAUACUAGUAAAUUAUAAUUUACUCUACUGUGUUUUCUCUCUACUCAGGAGUUGAAGAAUCUCAUUCCUAAGUCUGCGGUGGGGACACUCUCUGCAAACUCCAGCAAUGUUAUCAACCUCAUUAUUGAUGCCUACAAUGUAAGUAUAGAUUGAAUUGGAUUGGUUACUAGACAAUAUACAGUGCUGCACACUCUCACUUUAUUACUUUCAGCCUUAAAAUAGUUGGCAAAAACCAUGCUGCUGUUACCAUAAAGUCAUCACGUCUCUGUCUGAACUGGUCUUUGUAUGGGAAAAAAACAACAUUUUAAAAACUGUAGAUUACUGAAUAUUUAGUAUAUUUUCAAUUUACAGUGGGCUAACUCUUGUUCUUUGUGUGGUAGUCUCUUUCCUCAGAGGUGAUUCUGGAGAACAGUAAGCUGGCAGAGGGAGUUACCAUCACGUACCAGUCACGCUGCAAGAACGGAGUGACUGGUGAGGGAGAGAUGGGAAGAAAAUGCUCCAACAUCUCCAUCGGGGACGAGGUGGGGAACCAAAACAUCCUCCAUUGAUUGUUUUCUAGUCUAAAUAUAUUUUUUUCAUAUUUCGGGUUCAGUUAUUUCAGUUUUCUGACCAAUUGCAUUGGAUUUGUCCCUUAUUAGAUGUCAGAGUAGUCAAAUGCAUUGCUUUUUUAUUAUGAAAUGUGAUUAUUAUGCCCUUAAUGUGAAUGAAUUCUUUCAUCACUUAUCUGUAGGUGUCUUUCACCAUAAGCAUCACAGCUAAGCAGUGUCCUAAGAUGGGCAAACCAGAGACCAUCAAGAUCAAACCCCUAGGGUUCACCGAGGAGGUGGAGAUUGCUCUGAACUUCAUCUGUGAAUGUGACUGUCACAAAGACGGCAUCGAGAACAGUGAAAUCUGCCACAACGGCAACGGGACAUAUGAAUGUGGAGCCUGCAGGUAAGGCACUUAUGUUUCAAAGGCAGAAGAUCUUAACCCUUAUUUACCUUCCAUAUUGUAAUAUUGUCCAUGGCAUAGAGAUACUGUACAGUAUGAUGUUUGAUACUGUAUGUAUAAUUCGUUGUACAUCUAUUUCUGUGGUCCAUUGGUAUGUAACUGUUUUCAGGUGUAUUGCAUCUGUUUGUGUCUGAAUAUUCUACACAGGCAGUCUUUUAUGCAGUCCUCCCUAUCAAUAUCUACUGUAAAUAAGUAUUACAUUUGAUUUUCUUUAUUGUCGCUCAGGUGCAACGAGGGCCGUAUUGGUAGACAGUGUGAGUGCAGCACCAACGAAGUGACCAGUGAAGACCUGGAUAAGAACUGUCGUAAAGACAAUGGUACAGACAUCUGCAGCAACAACGGAGACUGUGUGUGUGGAACCUGCGAAUGUAAGAAGAGGGAGAACCCAGAGGAACGCUACAAUGGAAAGUUCUGCGAGUGUGACAACUUUAACUGUGACCGCUCCAACAACAAACUCUGUGGAGGUAAGUCAUCAGUUGAGCUGCUGUGGUGUGCAAUAGGCAUGCUUCGAAGAAGAUAAAUGCGUUAAAUGAUUUCAUUACAGAUUUUGCUUACUGUGAAAUGAUGGCCAAGCGCUACCAUCUGUAGACAAGUGUGACAUCCUGUUCUGCACACAAAUGAGUGACCUCAUGUGAUCGUUUGUGGUUAUAAUGAGCCCAUUUCCAAUGAAAUUACAGAUCAUUGCCCGUUAUGAAAUUAGAUUUACCCUCGUUAAUUUAGGCCCUUUUUAUCUGUGAUUGUAUUUGAUCUUUGCAGGGUAAUCUCUCAUCUCUGACCCUGUGUGUGUUGUCUUGUGGCAGGACAUGGUCGUUGUGAGUGCAGGGUGUGUAUCUGUGAUGCCAACUGGACGGGCAGUGCCUGUGACUGUUCUCUGGACACCACGACCUGCCUGGCCUCUAACAAGCAGAUCUGUAAUGGCCGGGGCACCUGUGAGUGUGGCACCUGCAAGUGCACUGACCCCAAGUUCCAGGGGCCCACCUGUGAGAUCUGUCCCACCUGUCCAGGAGUCUGUGCAGAACACAAGUGAGUUGAAUAAAGGAAUUAAUUAAUUGUAUUUGAUCAUUUUAUAUUGUUUUAGCUAUGCAAAAAACAACAAUAUUGCUGUAUUUCCUUGUGGGAAUGUUAUGUGUGGAUUACAUAAAGGUUUAUUGUAAUGGUUGAAAUUAAUUAUGCUUUUUAUUUGUUUUUAUUUGUAAGGGACGGGUUCCUUCUCUCUUUCCUCAGCCUUAGUUUAAUGCCUCUUAACCUUUUAAAUAGGCAUCAAGAGUUUUCUUCAUUUAUCCGACUAAACCUCCAUUGUUAUUGUGAGCUCUGUUUCCUUUCUUCCGAUCAUUCCAAGAAAGGGAACAAUGGACCGUUUAGACACAACUGUGAUAUCUAAAACCAGUAGUGCUAGCUACGCUCUUAGAAAAAAGGGUUCCAAAAGGGUUCUUCGGCUGUCCCCAUAGAAUAACACUUUUUGGUUCCAGGGAAAACCCUUUUUGAUUCCACGUAGAACGCUCUGUGGAAAGGGUCCUACAUGGAACCCAAAAGGGUUCUACCUGGAACCAAAAAUAGUUAUUCAAAGGGUCCUCCUAUGGGGACAGCCGAAGAACCCUUUUAGGUUCUAGGUAGAACCUUUUUUUCUAAGAGUGUAGGGUACAGCAUUGCCCACUAUAGACACCUGCAUGAACCUCAAUAUUCAGCUUUCUUGCAUUCCAAUAGACAAGUGAAUAUGUUACAAGUCUAGGAAGCAUCACAAUGUGAGACUACCUGCGUGUGUUACUCCAUCUGUACAGAGUUUAAUGUCAAUGUCCUGUCUUCCACAGGGAGUGUGUUCAGUGCAGGGCCUUUGGGACAGGGGAGAAGAAGGACACGUGUGAGAGGGACUGUAGCUACUUCAACCUGAUCAAGGUGAAGGACCGAGACAAGCUGCCCCAGCCAGGACAGGCCUUCCCCCUGAUGCACUGUAAGGAGAGGGAUGCCAACGACUGCUGGUUCUACUACACCUAUGCUGUCAACAACAACACAGAGAAGGAGGUCCAUGUGGUGGAAACACUAGGUGAGAGCAUAUACAGUCUAUGGCAUGGCAUUGUGACUGAGGAUAUAAGAGUGAAAAAAUGGGAUUAUUUGUUUAUACAUUGAGUAGUGUUUGUGAUUAGAGCUAGGAGUUCUUGACCUGACCUGACCAUGAAGAACUGACCAGAAGUUCCUUGCCCUAGAUACAGUAUAAUGCAAAUCAGGAUGUAAUUGUGCAUAUGAAUUUGAUUUUACAUCAACUGACUUGCCUGGUUAAAUACCCCCAAAAAUAUUGGGCUAACUGAAUUUUCUUGCUGUGUGUUUCACUGUCUGUGUUCCAGACUGCCCUGCGGGCCCUGACAUCAUCCCCAUCGUGGCUGGCGUUGUGGCGGGCAUCGUGCUGAUCGGCCUGGCUCUGCUGCUCAUCUGGAAGCUGCUCAUGAUCAUCCACGACAGGAGGGAGUUUGCCAAGUUCGAAAAGGAGAAGAUGAAUGCUAAAUGGGACACGGUAAGAGAGUGGAUAAUAGACACAGUACCAGGCAGCCAUCUUGGAGAAGUUUGUAAUGGCGAUAAUAAUAAUAAUAUGCCAUUUAGCAGACGCUUUUAUCCAAAGCGACUUACAGUCAUGUGCGCAUACAUUUUUACGUAUGGGUGGUCCCGGGGAUCGAACCCACUACCCUGGCGUUACAAGCACCAUGCUCUACCAAUUGAGCUACAGAGGACCACAUGAUGUACUUUUGCCGGUCUUAGUUUUGUAUUCUCCCUGACUGUAAUUUCAGUAGGACAUGGAAAACAGUUGUUAUAGAUAUGGCCACUGUGUGAAUCUCUUACACAGAGAACGGACUCCUAGAGGAAUACAGAGUUGGAAACAGUGUUGUACUCUAUCUCAACCUUUGAUGACUGUAACAGACCUGUUGAUGAUUUCAUAAGAUGCACACAGACAGUCCUACUCAGUUUCAACUUCAGAAGUAAAUAUCUUUAAAGUUUGAAGUCAUCGCUGUGCAAAAUACAGAACCCAAAAAACAGAACACUUUUUAGAAUGUGAAGCUCCUUGAAAACACAUACAUCUGUUUUUAUUUUAUUUAUCUGUAUUUUCCUGGGAGUGGCUACAGAAGCCUAGUUUGGUUGGUGGUGUUCUGCUGCCACCUAGCAUCGAGUUAACCACACUGCAGGCAGAGGUUACAUUCCAGACAGCAGGGUGUUAUUCAUUAGGCACCAAAUGUAAGAAAACAGACAGAGUACUACCUGGACUUGUCCGUAAGAAACACUCAUAUUCAUUUUCCAUUGAAAAGCAUUUUGCUGUGAUGUGCCCUAAUGAAUGUGACCCAGGGUUUCCGAAAUGCUUGAUGAUUCAGCACGUCCUGAUUACUCUGUCAGACCAGCCGCAUGUGAGAGCUUCUCUGGUGAAAUGGGCAGGGCACUGAGGCUUCUAGACCCUCUCAUCAUGGUACAUGGAGAAGACAUCAGACAUCAAUGACUGUAUGAGAGAGCAGACUGACCUGACUUGUAUACAUAUAGAAAGGGAAUCUUCCCAGCCCUCUUAGAUGAUUAUCAACUUCUGAGCCUCUGAUCCCGAUGUAGAAAUACUCCUUUCUCUAGGGAUUCUUUUUUUUACUUCUUUCCCAUAUCAUUAUUUUAUUCCUUCUCAUUUAUCUUUACCCAUGUUUUCAUUUCAUUCUGUCUCUGUUUCUCUUCUGUUGUUUUUUCCUGUUCUGAAAUGUCUGUCCCACUCUCUCUACCCAUAGCAAGAGAAUCCCAUAUACAAGAGCCCUAUUAAUAAGUUCCAGAAUCCAUUCUAUGGACGUAAAGCUGCGGUUCUA